AUGCCCCACGCUUUACGCCUCGCGGCUGGCAGACGAACGCGAGCGAAGUACCUCGCGUCACACCCACGCACAUCGACCGCGUCAUACGCACGCUUAUUCAUCUCACAUCCGCUCGAUCAUCUCACCAUGCCAGUCUCCGGAGCUCUCACUCAGCUGUCGGCCCAAGGCCCUCAGAACCGCUAUCUCACCAUCGACCUGCAGAUCACCUACUGGAAGGGAUCCGUGCGGCGUCACUCGCACUUUGCCGUCGCCGAAAUUGACAAUGGUGUCCACGGAGCCACCGGCUGA